AUGUUUGAAGCUGAAGCCCUUCACUGGUGGAACAUUGUGGUCCGAACAGAGGGAAAAGAAAAGGUUAAGGAGAUGAAGUGGGAGGAGUUUAUUCAUAAGUUUCUUGCUAAGUAUUGUCCUCCCAGUGAGACUGAGCAACUGGAAGUGGAAUUCUUUCAGUUAAAAAUGGGAAAUAAAACUUAUCGAGAGUAUGUUUCUCGUUUCAAUGACAUAUCUCGACUGGUUUCUUAUGUAGCAUUGACUGAGGAACAACUGAUCAAUAGGUUUAUUUGGGGUCUACCCUCUGAAAUGAGGGUGUUUAUCAAAUCCAAAUCCCCCAAGACUUUUGCAGAAACUGUUGAGGCUGGCGCCAUCAUGGCUGCCGAGAUGAUUCUGCGGCAGGCUGAAUCUCCCGCACCAAAAAGAAAGUGGGAAGAAAGAAAGGGGGACACCCAGAAUAACAACUUUAAAAGGCCUAAAACAUUUCCUCAAUGUCAAAUUUGCAAACGCUUUCAUACGGUGGAAUGUCGUUUUCCUUGUCCAAAUUGUAAAAUGACGGGUCAUGCCCUUCAAGAAUGCAAGGAAAAGAAGAAGUGUUUCAAAUGUGGAGACCCUAACCACAUGAGAUCUGAUGUCCCGAACUCAAAAGAAAUGAUAGGACACAACCAAAUCAGCCAAAAGGGCAUGCAUUUGUACUCACCACGGAAGAAGCCAAGACCAAUACAGACGUUAUCACGGGCAUCCCAAAACCUAGAUCAUGCCUUUACAGUAGAAAUGGCUGAUGGAAGUCAAAGAGAGAUAGUUGACAUAGUUAAGAAUUGUAAAAUAAGCUUAAACAACCAUGUUAUCCCUAUAGACCUAAUGCCUAUGGAACUUGGAGAAUUUGACAUAGUCAUUGGAAUGGACUGGUUGACACCGUAUCAUGCGGAAGUUAUAUGUGACAAAAGGAUCGUCCGACUCCGAUUACCCAAUGGCAAACAGCUAACUGUAUCGGGAGACCGCACUGACAAGACUAAGAACCUCAUCACGAUAGCACAAGCACAUAAAUGCCUAAGGAAAGGGUAUGUUGCCUUUUUAGCAUAUGUCAUGAACACUACAGAAAAGUAG